AUGUACAACCCUCAGUAUCCACAACUUUCAUACCUCAACGAAACAAUUCAGCACCCUCCUGCUAACAUUACAACAACGAAUGAAAAAUAUCAAGCAAACAAAGCAACAGUUCAAACAAACUCUCAAAACUACCCAUCGCAACGAGUAUCAGCACAUCAUUUUCAAUCUUUACAUUCUCACACCUCUCCACCCAACCAAAACAGCACUCUGAAUUACAACAACAGCACCAACCAACAACAUUUACAUACCUAUCCAUAUAUUAUACCACUGUUUCCACAACAACGAAUACCAACCAGAGAUGUGCACAGGAAAGCAAAAACAGAUCAUGUUCACUUUACACCUCCAUCUCGAACUUUGUCAGCAUCAACACCUUCAACAGCUAUCGAUGACUCUACUUCUUCGACGACCACAAGUAGUAUUAUAACAAACAAUCGAUCUUGUACAAAUACACAAACACCGUAUCGAACCAACAACAGUUAUGAGCCAAAUGAAAUUUCAACUCAAGCACGCCGAUAUGCUGAAACACAUUAUCCAUUUUCACCGUUUAUAAUUAAAUUUAAGCAGGAUGUCGAUGAAAAAUUAAUUAUCAACAGUAUUCUGAAACACUUUAAUGACAUCUACAAAGUCAAUAUUAUAUUGGCGGACCAUAGGCUAAAAGAAAAAAGAGAACUGUUACUAUUUAUGAACAAUCGUUAUGUUCUUCGACGAUGA